CCUUAAGCGUGCUGCUUCAGUCUUUCGCUAUCAUUCUGCUCUCUCUCAAGAUUCAAGAUUCUCUCUCUCUCGCUCUCAUUUGCUGGACCCAGCGCUGGUUUGACACGCUGAAUGUAAAUCUGGCCACAAACAACGUCUCCCUCUUUCUCUCUACGGCUAUGAAUCCAGCGAAGUGAUAUUGGCACAGAAAGACAGUCGUCUCCGCGGGCUUCUGCGCAGUUUGCAGACACGUUACGAGGGAUUCGUGCUGGAAUAUAAUUUGGGGGUGAAGAACCAGAGGAGAAAGGGCGAAACCCACCUUCAGCCUGCGCUUUUCUUCUCCCCCUCUCUCUCUCUCUCUUUCUCUCUUUCUGGAAGCACGGACUUCGGAAAAUGGUUUUUCCGAAAUCCCAGUGACUGCGAUGUCAGCACCUCUCGUCCACCGCUUGUGGAGCACAGACUGAAGAAAUACAUCUAUCUAAAGGAGAAAAGACACGUAUUUUGGGGUCAGGAGUUUUCUCCCUCAAGAGCAGCCGUUCAUUCACGGCGCACUGAAUGCAAGGAACACUCGCCUCUGGCAGCCGAAGAUGACGUUACUAUGGAAACAGUUUUUGCUGCUAUCAAUCAUGGAGUAUCUUGCAGAGUGUCUAGAUUACAAAUCCUUUAACGGUCCAAAAUGGCGCAUGGAGCCCAGCGAUCUAACCGUGGGCUCGCUGGAAGAAGAAGCCACGCUGACCUGUGAUGCUAAGGGCAUUCCUCCACCUCAAUACAGGUGGUCUCUGAACGGCACAUUGAUUAAUCUCCGGACUGAUUCCCGUCGGCGGCUGUCUGGGGGGAAUUUAGUCAUUAGGAGUCUGGACCGGGCCCAGGAUGGAGGAAUAUACCAGUGCACUGCGUUCAACCCACUGGGAGCGGUUCUCAGCAGGAGAGCUAGCCUCCAAUUUGCAUACUUGAAUUUAAAAACCCAAACGAGAAGUGCCGUGUCUGUGCGGGAAGGCCAGGGGGUUGUUUUACUGUGUGGUACACCAUCUUAUGCAGGAGAUCUCUCAUUUGCAUGGGUCUUUAAUGAGUACCCUUACUUUGUUCAGCAAGACAAUCGCCGCUUUGUCUCUCAGGAGACAGGAAACCUUUACAUUGCCAAAGUGGAGCCAUCGGAUGUGGGUAACUACACGUGUGUGGUGGUAAAUCGCAUAACUAAGAGCAAAGUCCUCAGCUCCCCAACCCCGCUGGUGCUACGGACGGAUGGUGUAAUGGGCGAAUACGAGCCAAAAAUAGAGGUUAAUUUCUCUGAGAUGGUUCCGGCUGCAAAGGGAUCUAUUGUGACACUGGAAUGUUUUGCUUUGGGGAACCCAGUUCCCCAGAUCACGUGGAGGAGAGCGAAUGGAGUUCCGUUUCCCAGCAAGGUGAAGAUGAAGAACUCAAAUGUGGUUCUCGAGAUUCCCAGUUUCCAGCAGGAGGACGCCGGAGGCUAUGAAUGUGUGGCAGAGAACAAGAUGGGAAAGAACACAGUUCAAGGACGACUGUCUUUCCACGCAAAACCUCAGUGGGUUCAGACCAUGCGAGACAGCGCUUUUUCAAUUGAAGAGAGACUCUUUUGGGAGUGUAAGGCCAAUGGGAAACCCAAACCUUCAUACAGCUGGCUGAAGAAUGGAGAACCACUGGCAGUCGAGGACAGGAUACACAUAGACAACGGAGCCCUGACCAUCAGCUCGGUGAACCUGUCAGACGCCGGCAUAUAUCAGUGUGUGGCCGAGAACAAACACGGAAUCAUUUACUUUGGCGCUGAACUGGUGGUGUUAGCUUCGCCCCCAGACUUUUCCAGAAGCCCUCUCAGAGCUCUGCUUAAAGCCAAGACAGGCAGCGCGGUAUCUAUGGAGUGUAAGCCGCAGGCCUUUCCCAUAGCCAUGAGCCUGUGGAGGAAAGGCAACGACCCGCUACAGAGCACCGAGAGGAUAACUCUUCUCCCUGAUGGAACACUAAGAAUCACAAAUGUGACUAAGAUGGACAGUGGGACUUACUCAUGCUUGGCUAAAAACCAGUUUGGUGCAGCCAGUACUACAGGAAGACUGCUGGUUACAGAUCCCACACAAAUCACACAGGGUCCAGUGGACAUGGAGAUCAUUGUCGGGGAGAGCAUCGUCCUGCCCUGCCAGAUCUCCUGUGACCCUGCUCUGGACGUUUCUUUCUCCUGGGCCUUCAAUGGGCAGCUGCUUAACAAACUGGACCAACAUUAUGAGCAUGUGGGAGGGAGCACAUCUGGAGAUCUGAUGAUACGAAACAUACAGCUGAAACAUGCCGGAAAAUAUGUGUGUGUGGUCGACACGGAUGUCGAGAGUUUGUCGGCUGCAGCCAUUUUAAUUGUGAAAGGUCCCCCGGGAGCCCCAGAUGGUGUAAUGGUGGAAGAGAUCAUGGACAGCACAGCUCAGCUAUCAUGGAGACCCGGCCAGGAUAACGGCAGCCCCAUCACGAGCUAUAUCAUCCAGGCCAAGACGGCUUUCACUGUGGGCUGGCAGGCGGUGAACACGGUCCCGGAGGUGAUUGACGGGAACACUCGGACAGCAACCGUGGUGGAUCUGAACGCGUGGGUGGAAUAUGAGUUCCGAGUGCUGGCCAGAAACAGCGUCGGUGUGGGGGAGCCGAGUCCGGCUUCUCUUAAGACGAGGACCGAAGAUGCAGUUCCAGACACAGCCCCCGCUGAUGUCGGAGGUGGGGGCGGCUCCAAGUCAGAGUUAGUGAUAACAUGGGAGCCUGUGCCUGAAGAACUUCAAAACGGAGACGGUUUCGGCUACAUCAUUGCUUUCCGGCCGCUGGGGGAGGUCAACUGGACGCACGCCGUCAUCUCCGCGCCGGCACAGUCUCGCUACGUGUAUCGGAAUGAGAGCAUUCCACCUUUCUCUCCAUUUAAUGUGAAAGUGGGUGCCUAUAACACCAAAGGCCAGGGACCAUUCAGCUCUGUUACCAUCGUGUUCUCAGCUGAGAAUGAGCCCAGUGGUGUUCCUGCUGGAGUGUGGGCCCGGAGCAUUUCUGCCACUGAAAUUGAAGUGAUGUGGCACAUUCUCACCUCUUCCCCAGAAAGAGUGUUGGGCUACGAGGUGGUGUACUGGGAGGACGAUACAAAACCAGAGACCAUGGGCAAAGUCAGAGUGUCUGCCAAUCAGAACAAGGUUAACAUCAGUGGCCUGAGAGGAUACACGCAGUAUUUCCUGACAUUGAGUGCUUUCAACACAGCAGGCACCGGCCCUAUUUCACCCACCAUCAACGUGACCACCAGAAAGUCCCCACCCGGGCAGUCACCUUUGAACGUGGAGUGGAACCUGAUUGGCUCGAAGCUCACCGUUCAUUGGGAACCCGUCAUUUCACUGGAAAUGGAGUCAGAGGUUACUGGGUAUCAGGUGUCUUACAGAAGGAACCGACAUAAAGAAAUUAACACCAUAUCAACAAACCUGACCUCGGUGGAGCUCACCUUACCUGCAGAUGAUGAUUACAUCAUUCAGAUCCGAGCGCUGAGCGGCGGGGGAGGGGGAACCCCCACUGAACCCAUCAACAUCCAUAAGCUCAGUAUGAGCGUACGAGGUUCCAGAGCCUGGCGAGCCAAUACCAUCCCCAUCUCCCUGCUUUCCAUUAUCGCAUUAUCGACAGUGAGACCGGCUUUGUGUUAACAGUCUGAAGAAUUGAACAUCCCUCGACCAGUUUGAUUGCCCGUACUCUUCCUCGCUGUGGAAUGAUGGGAAAGAGGCACCGAAACACUUCUGAGGCAAGAUUAUUGAUCCAUCUCUCCAUAGUUAUCUGAGCCAAUGUCUGGCGAUCCACUUGAGGAGCGUGACAGGAAAACAACGGCGUCACUGCGGUGGGGUUUCGUGCGCAUGUACAGUGUAUCGUCGUCUCCUUGCGAGCCAUCCGAGAGGUUUUUCGAAAGGAGGGGUGACUCAUGUUACUGCACAGAGAUGUCAUCUCCACGGCCCAUCAAAACAAAUGCCUUAUUUCCAUGUACAUGCCAAAGUAGUUAGGAUCCUUUUAAAGCGGUUUGUUGUGAUUGUUUGGUCGUUUUCACAUCCUUAAUAACAUUCGCUUUUGCUUACUACUUAAUUUACUUGUGCGAGAGUCUAUGUGCCUUAUCUAGGUUUUAGGCUGGUCUUUUUUAGCUUCAAGCACCACAUUGCAGCUACAAGCCUACGAGUGCUCAUGAAUGUGACGAGGGUACGCAUUAUGGAGAUGGCGUGUUUUGGUUUAUGCGUUGCACAACUGUGUUAACAGUAGGAGACUUGAAAUGGUUAUUCUUGGAAUCUCAACGUGCAUAAAUAUGUAUAACACAUCACUGGUAUGUACAGCCCCGGUGUCUGUUAUUGGUGGAUUAUGAGGCAUGAAUGAAUAACACAAGGGAAUACAUUAGGCUGUUAAGUCAAUAGAACAUGCUUAAAGCCGCCUUAGUUGAAAUGGGCCUUGGAGAGCAUCAUAGCAGCUUUUAUUAGGCUUUUAGAAAGAGAUCCACUCCUGUAAAACCUACAGGCAGUUCUAAGGCUUAAAAUUAGAAGGAGAAUAUGGCCGGUUUUAUGGUGCAAAAUGCAGUUUUUGCUUAGGGAGUGUUAGAAAAGCGUCUGGGUAUUACAGUGUCGUGGACCGUUUCACAGUUAUUUCAGUCACUUUAACUGGAAACGUUUCAAUGUCCCAUGAGUAUGAUCAGAAAAGUGAUGUGAUUUUAUUUCUUAAUAUUUUCCUUUUUUACCUGUAAUAUUAUUUAACAUAAAUCUAUUAUAUAUUCUAAAAAUGUUUUUAGGCAUGCUUCAGUUAAGUGAUCAUUUCAGGACAUUGGGUUUAUUUUACUCGUCUGUACACUCCGCUGUUAACAACAUCUAUUACACGGCACUCUAUAUGAACGCUAAAGCAUAAACCCAAAAAUGCAUUUUUGAUUCAUUUUAUGUGCAUUCUCUCCCCUGAAUGAGUUUCUGUUAUUUUCUUUGCCCUUGGGUUAUCUGCAGUAUUACAACCGAGCGAGCACAGGCUCCAAACCACAGUUCCACCUGCUGCUGCUGUUUCAAUACGCAAGAGUGUUGUAUAGAAGUCUGCAGUAUAUAGAUAUAAGUGCAUCCCCACUUGUUAUUCGUUUUCAAAGGAAGCCUAGCACCAGAAGUUGAAUACUGCAAACAUGCGAUUCAUCUUAAACAUGAAAUGCUGAAGGUUUGCUAAAAGCUUUUUUUAUUUUGCGGUGUAUUAUAAGAGCUUUUAGCAAACAUUAGUCAACAGAUGGACUUCAGUAAGAAUUAAUGAAUGAGAAAAGAAAGUAAGAAAGUAAUGAAUUGCGACUGCUGAUAUCAGUGUUCAUUUGCAUGUGUUGUCUGCAUUAUUUUGCUAUAGUUUGCAGAAAUAUGCUCAGUUUUUACAAAUGUUUUCAAUCAUUUGGUAAAUAACCAAUGCCAUAAUCUAUCAAAAAUAUAAGCAUACAUCUCAAAGCGGGCAGUAAUAGCGUAACGUUAAUUGCAUUGGGCAAACAGUGCCAGUUUUCAAAUACUUUCUUGACUAAAGCACAUUCGAGAUUAAACUGGAUUUGGAGAUAAGAACAAAAAAUAUUUUCACUGAGAUGUCACAUGCGCAAACGUUUAGUGAACUCACUCUGAAAGUUUAUUGGUUGUAUUUGUUGACCGAAUAGCUGCGCAUUCUGGACUGCGGCACGGAUUCUAGGCCGCUUACCAGAUGCUCCCCAGGGUCUUCAUCAGCUGAAUCCGAUGUGUUUAGGAAACUUUGGAGCGAAAAUCUGCUUACCUAGUAGCAUUCAAAAGUGGAGAAUUGCUUUAAGAACAGGCCCUGUAUUUGUACAGAGCACAGUACCAGUAAUUAAUUAUAAUACUUGUCACAAUACUACAAAAACACAUUGCUGCCAAAAGAAAAUGAAUACAAACAUGAAAAUGGGGGAUAUUGCAGAAUGAGAAUGGAGGGAAAAAAUCUGAUAGCGUCAUAACAAACGUCUCUCUUUAGACAUUUUGUGAUGAAUGAUUUGACUGAUCCAUGAUGUACAAACCAUUAAACCGGCCUAAUAAAUGAAAGCGCUUUUGACCAAAUCUGAAAGGGAAUAAUGGGACACCAUAGAGAAGAUGAACAGCAUGCAGAACUAUGUGCAGACACCUUAUUUUCUCUGGGUUUUUUUCUUGUUUCUUUUCACAACAGGGAUGUUGUGACUAUUUUCUGUCAUAUUCAGACUGGAGACGUGAGGUACACCUAAAAGACCGCCGCGCAUUUGUAAGACGCUCCCUUAUGCACAUUAGAGAGGACACUAGGGCAUUGUUCAAGGCCGCUCGCACAUUUGGCCUUGGUUUUGAAUUGUAAGGUCAGAUAUAAAAAAGCAUCAAGUGAAAGUAAAUGAAAACGGGCUCUCAUCAGGCCUCUUUCAGCGAGAAAAGUCGCACCGUCCCCAUAGACAUGCCGUACAAUAUAGAUGUCACAUCAAACUCUGUUGAAGCUCUCGGAUGCUUUUGUGUUCAGGAUGAAGGCUGCUGCAUGAUUUUGAUUUAACCUUUGAUAAUGGCUGCUGACAUUUAGGUGCCUGUUGGGACUUGUGUAUUUCAUUUUUGUGGAUAUUCAUAUUUUCUCUAGAGAUGCUUCAGAGUCCUUCAUCUGAGAUCCUUAAGUGCUUAUUAUAAAUGUAAAAAAUAGAUUAAAAACUCAUUGGUUUAUGUGAUCGCUUUGGAGAAAAAAGUAUGAAAAAAUUGUAUUUUGUAAGUAUUGUUUGGUUGUUUGAGUUUAAUGACAUCGACAUUGUAAUGGCUUUUUGUUUGGCUAAAAGGUCAAGUGUUGUGCAAACAAAAGAUUAUGUCAAAAGUAAAGAACGUUUAUGGAUACACUGGUCAGAAAUCGAUUUGCAGAAAGAUAAAAUAGUUCAUUUUCUCUUUUUAUCGUUUUUUUGUUGUUGUUGUUAAAAUAAUGACAAGAUGAAGCCUAGCUUGUGUUUUAGUGUGUUGGGUUAAAAAAAAUCACCUUCAUAUGUUGAUUAUGUGUAAAAACAUUUGACCUUAUGUUUUGAUAUUUCUGUAUUAAUACAUUGCGUUUCAUCUCUGUGAGAUGAUGUACUUGAUCAGAAUACUGUUUUCAUAUUGGAAAGAAUUUGACUCACUGUGUAUAUUAAGCUGUGCAUGUUUGAUUGUUUAAUGUGUGUACAUUUUCUAAAGCAAAAUUUAAUAAAAAUUACCUAUUGGAGAUUUACCUCC